AUGGAGGUCGGAAAAUACGCGAAUGAUCCAGAAUGGGCCUCAAUCACUCCAAUUCCCUUGGACGAUGGCUCUGAAUCGGGGUCUAUGCCCCUGGCAACCAUCGCCUACUUACCCCAGUACCUCGAGGUAACCUCCUAUCUGCGGGCUGUGAUGGCAGCAAAUGAAAUGUCCGAGCGAGCAUUGGCAUUGACCGAAGACAUCAUUUCAAUGAAUCCCGCCCACUACACAGUGUGGAUCUACCGUGCCAAGAUCCUCCUUGCACUGAACAAAAACCUCGACGAGGAGAUCGACUGGCUAAACAAAGUAGCCAUAAAGAACCUCAAAAACUAUCAAAUCUGGGGCCACCGCCAAGUCAUCAUGUCCUCACGGACACAAUUUCCAACACUCCCACCCAAGGAACUUGAUUUCCUAAUGGAGAUGUUCGCACAAGAUAGCAAAAACUAUCAUGUCUGGACAUACCGCCACUGGCUAGUGCGCCACUUCAAGCUGUGGGAUCUACCCCGCGAAAUAUCAGAUGUCAACGCCCUGCUCAAGGCAGAUGUGUACAACAACUCUGCCUGGAGCCACCGGUACACACUACGGUUUGGACCUCGUGGUGAGGAAGAUGCCGGUAUGGCAAAUUCAGGCAGUCUGUCUACAGUGGCUGCGGACAAGGGUCGUUUGUCCGUUGUUGAUGAGGACAUGGUUGAUGCGGAGCUCAAAUUUACCCAGGAUAAGAUUCUGCGGGCUCCUGAAAACCGGAGUUCGUGGUGGUAUGCGCGUGGAGUGCUGCAUGCUGCUGGUAGGGAGUUGGAUGAGUGGGAGGAGUUUGCGGGGCGGUUUGUUACUGGGGAUGUUGUUAAGAGUAGUCAUGCUGUUGAAUGGUUGGCGGAUGUUUAUUCUAAGAAGGAGCAGGAAGGUGGGAAGGCUGUUGAUAUGCUGACGCUGCUGAAGGAGAAGUAUGAUCCUGUUCGGAAGAAUUAUUGGGAUUAUCGGAUUCGUAUGUUGACUGCUUGA